GUCAAAGUUUCAAACGAUCGAUUCCAAUUAGAAAUGCAAAAUCGAAUUCGGAAUUUAUUUUAGAGGUUGCGAAAUCGCGAUCUGUUUGGCCGACGAGUUGCAAUCGUUUCUUUCGUGAGGUUAAGGAAACGAGGACGCAAAACCAGCCGCGAUUAGUCGAGAAACAUUAUCAAACGAAAGAUAAAAGUGAAGUCGUUUACCGAAUUACCUGCACACAGACGAGAACCAGUUCUCAGCGAGGCGAGAUAGAGUUACAGAUUCUCACUGAUCGUUCUAGAUUACUGGUAAACACACUGUGUUUUUACGGCCACAGAAUCCGCGUGACGCGGUAGCAGAAGGAACUAAUAAUUCAAAUCCGUUAAAAAGUUCGAAAGAUGCCUGGUACCGGGACGACAUCUCGCGGAGUUAUUUCACGCGCCAGUAAACAGCAAUGAGUUUCAAACUCAUUUUUUCGUCAACGAGUAACGAACGAACUUUUUUUUCCCCCGUGAACGCACAUUUGUGUAUUUUAUCCGUGACUUUGAUCUUAUUUCAUUCGUUGGUACGCGUUGAACGCUUCAUGACUUGUAGAAAUCGACGUAUCGAACUCAGGCCGCCACUCGAACGUUCAUAAUGAUCCACUCCAUCACUGAUGAAACCGUUCAACAAUCCCUCUCGCGGGUUCAUUUAUCUCAAUCGAGGAUUCGGUUGAUCGCGCUUUCCCUCGCGGAGGAGCCGGAACGAUUCGACCGUGAAUUUUAUUGAUCGGACCUCUGCCGUAAUUCGAAAUCUAAGACGACGUGUCUGGCGCCGUGUCGUCUCGCACUCCCGAACACUAACCGUCUGAUGUUGGCUGCGAGACGUAAUUAUCGCUUCGCUAUCGAUCAUCGAUCGAUAGUUCGAUGAAGAAUCUCGCGGCGAUUCCUCGCUACUGUGAAAACCGCGAGUGACGUUCGAAUCCGAUAACGGUGGAAAUGAUCGACGAAAGUUCACGUUAGUGUGAACGAGAAAUUGUGCCGUGACAAGGGAGAAUUCGAGCAAAGUUCGGGAGUAAAAAUUCCAAAGAAAGAAAAACAUGUGAACAAGACGAGAACGAGCUGGUCGAAUGAAAUCUACAGCACGAUCCCUGAACGGCGAAGUAGCGCAACCGGUCGUAAAGCCAGGCUCGAAUCCACAAACUCACCGAGCGUCCACCGAGGAUCCUCACCAGCUAAGAAUCCCCCUCCGACGCCGCUGCCGCCGAAUAAACAUCCGCUAGCUCGUGAUCGUGUUCCCUGAUCCUAAUUCGAUUCUGAGGCAACGCCAAGAACCAAGGCGUUACCUCACGUCGAUUUUCGCGUUUCACGUAGCGUGCUUAACUCGUAGAGCAAAUUCUGGCUCAGCUCGUGCCUCGUCCCGCUGCGGCUCGAAUGUGCUGAAUGGUGAACGGUGAAAACGGUGGUUUUCGAGAAGCGUGGUAAUUAUGCCGGUUGGAAGACAAAGCGGUGAGCCGCGAGUGAAGAGGAUCGCGCGGCGUUGCUCGUUCGUGGACAAAGUGCCCUAGUUCGGGCACGAUGACUCGGUGCUUGUGAUCUGCACGUUUAACAAAGGACACAGCUCGACGAUGUUAGAACGUGAAUGUAUAGUGGACAACGGGAUAACUCUCUGUCGAUAGAACUUGCGACGGCGACAUGGAGGUAAACCUGACAAGCUCCUGGACGAGCAACUUGACCGCGAUGCUUCACCAGCUGCCUUGUAACGAUAGUUUCCUCGGAUGCAUCGAGGAGUGCGGGGUCGGCUCGUCUGGCUUCGAUCACAUGUGCACCGUGGAAAAGGGGACCUUCACAUCGUCGAUGACACUGCUGUGCAGGCCGUGCGAUUACUCCAAUUGCGACGUGAACGUCUCGUUGAUUCUCAGCGGGCUGGAGAGCAUCGAGGGUGUCUUUCUGUCGAGGUUGCCGAGGUUCAGGGAGUGCAACGUGACCAAUUUCGACGAUCAGGUUUUGGAAUGCACACCGGCGGAGAACGCAACAGCGGAGGACCUGACGAUCUCUUGCUCGCACAGAACGAAAUUGAGCUCGGCGACGAGAGGCCGCCGUUUCGACUGGAGCUUCCUCUUCGUCGCGGUGUUCAUCGUGGCAGGCGGCUUGGGGAACAUACUGGUCUGCCUGGCUGUCGGACUCGACCGAAGACUGCACAACGUCACCAAUUACUUCCUUUUGUCCCUCGCCGUUGCCGAUUUACUCGUCAGCCUGUUCGUGAUGCCAUUGGGUGCGAUCCCAGGAUUCUUGGGAUAUUGGCCAUUCGGAGUGCUCUGGUGCAACGUCUACGUGACGUGCGACGUGCUAGCGUGUUCCGCGAGCAUAAUGCACAUGUGCUUUAUCUCGCUGGGCCGGUAUCUGGGCAUUCGGAACCCGUUGAGAACACGGCACACAUCUACAAAACGGAUGGUCGGCUUCAAGAUCGCGGCCGUGUGGCUGCUCGCCAUGUUGGUCUCCAGUUCCAUCACGGUGUUAGGUAUAAUAAAUCCUUUGAACAUUAUGCCUCGGCAAGGAGCAUGCGUGAUCAACAACAGAGCGUUCUUCGUAUUCGGUUCUUUGAUUGCCUUCUACAUCCCCAUGAUUGUCAUGGUGGCCACGUACGUUCUGACAGUGCAGCUGCUCAGGCAGAAGGCUCGUUUCGUUGCAGAGCAUCCCGAACGGGAUCAAUUUCGAAGGUUGGGAGGCAGAUACUUCUCGACGAAGGCUUCCUCCACUACUUCGGUUACAGAAACCACCACAUCGUCGUCGUCUACGCGGUACACGUGGAGGACUUCCGGUGUCGGAAGCGAAAGGUGCAAGAGCGCGAGGCAGAGCAAGCACCGACCGCAGCUGAAUUUCGCCGUGAACGGCGCGAGCAACCCGACCGGAAGUACGACCGGGACGAAACUGGCGGCGAAAGUGGAUCAGGCCACACAAACGCCGGAGAACAUAGCCCGCGAGACAAGGAACUUCACUCUGAGGGCCCUCAAGCUGCAGCUGAACGUCGCCCCCAACACCUUAAAUCUCAGGUUUCUCGCGGGACGAACGAAGAGAAGAUCGUUGGCUGCGAAUGCCGUGGCAACGGAGCAAAAAGCCAGCAAAGUGCUUGGAUUGGUUUUCUUCACGUUCGUCCUCUGCUGGGCGCCAUUUUUCCUCUUGAAUAUAUUCUUCGCUGCCUGCCCCGAGUGCUCGGUACCGGUACACGUGGUCGACACGUGCCUCUGGCUUGGUUACGUGUCCUCCACUAUCAAUCCGGUGAUCUACACGAUCUUCAACAGAACGUUUAGGGCUGCGUUCGUCAGACUGCUUAAGUGCAAGUGUUCAGGGUCAGCGAGGCCGGCGAGAUAUCGCUCGGUGACGGAAGGUGGACGCAACGCGAUGAGCCUGUGCACCCCGACCGCACUUCCAUUGGUCAUUAGUCUUCAGGGUACGCCGCUGUUGACGCCGACACCGAAUCCGACGGCCACGCCGGCCUCAGGAAGCUCCUACGUGACGGUGAUGCAUCGCACGCCAACUUCCCUUUACCGUGACACUUUCCAUCAGCACGAGCACGAUCAGAAUUGUUGAGGAGAACAAAGUGUUCCAGGAAACGCGAUCCAGCGCCACUCGAACGUCUAUGAUUCCCUU